UCUCUCAGUCUUCGGCCAAGGAAUCCCAGGCAGCGUUUAAUUGCAGAGUGCAAAGACUGUAGUUGGGCUAAUGAGCUCAGCACCGGAGCUGGGACUCUUUCACGCACUCUCUGACAGACAGAAACCCAUAUGGAGUCCUUUACCGGAGGAGCCUCACAAGGCGGCUGGAUUUUAGGUGAAGGGGAAAGAAGGAAUUCAUAAAUUCAGGUACAGCCGACUAUGUGAGAGAAUAUACUAGAGGCAAGAGACGGAGUAAGAGGUGGGGAAAGAGAAGAGAGCAGGAGAGGGGAGGGGAGGAAACGGGAAAUACACAGCCAGAGAGAGAGAGAGAGAGAGAGAAUAGAAGCCUGCAGCAGCAAAUGAGACAGAACAACGAGGCGGGAGAGGUAGAAAGGGAGACAGAGAGGGAGGGCGGUGGAGAGGGGCCCCGUGUAGGAGAGAGGGCUACAGGGUGAGGAAGAAGAAGGAGUGGAGAAAAAGUUAGGAGAAGUAGGAGAACGAGGGUCCAGGGAAAGAAAAGAGCAGGCGCAGAGAUUAACAACUACAGGAGAGUAAUAGAAGGGAAACAACAGACAGGAAGGAAGGGGAGGGAGAAGUCUUGAGUUAGAGAGGGAAAAAAAAAAGAGCUACAGAAAAGUUUUUUUGUGGGAAGACACAGAUGAGGAAAACAGAGCCAGUGAAUGACCGGGCUAGAGAGAGCAGGGACGGGAGGAAACCAGUUGUUUUCUAAGGCGUUUUCCACCCAAGCCUCUGGACUUCUUUGGACAUGUUCACAGAAGGAGCACAAACAACGAGACACCACCGAUUUCUUCAGCACAUCAACACCUCCACCCCCUGCCCCUGCCAGCACUGCAUCCACUAUGAGCAGCCCGCGUACGGACAUCAUGCCGGUACAGGAUGUCAACCAGCAUCAGCCAGACAGGCGGACCACCCUUCUCUGGACUACAUGAGAGACAUCCAGUCUCCUCUCGUUAAAGACGUAGGAGGGAGAGCUUUCGUAGUGGACGGAGUUGAGAGAAGUGGUCAUCGUAGCCCACAGAGGAGGCCUGUGUUCACGGGGCCCGGCCCAUACAGCCAGACAGAUGACUUGAGCCAAGUUUGCCCCUGGGAGUUGAACCCUGCCCAGUGCAGCUACCCGCCGGAGCCUGGGGUGAGACACUACCCAUCUGUCAGGGAACAGUGUAGCUGUGUGGUGCUCAGCGACACCAGAGCACACCCCUUUAAUGCCGGGAUACCACAUCCUCUCCCCCAUCUUCAGGUCAAAGGUCAAGGGUACAGGCACAAGAGGACUGUCAGGUAUGUCUCUGUGGAAGAGGAAGGCUGUGGAUGCACCUAUGAGAACUAUCAUGUAGAGUCACACAAUCCCCAUGCAAGUCACUUACACAUGCCAAAUGGCCACUGUGGACUGAGGCCUGUGUUCUUCGAGGGAGGAGAGGAAAGAGAUAACCAUCAGGAUCUGGGCAGACUGAAGGGUGGAUCAGAGGAGGUCUGUAAUGGACGUGGUGGCUCUCACAAAGCUUUCUUUCCCACUGAAGUCCCGCCGAAACACUUGAGCCAAAGCAGACAGAAGGGGCCCUGCAUCCCUCUCUCUGGCAUCAUGAGUCCAGGGCUCUCGAAAUCGACGACCAACAACGACCACCGGCGUCAGGGUUCAGAGGUGGUAAAGCAGAAGAGGAGGCAGGAUUUGGUGAGGGAUCAAAUCAGACAAGUGGUGACAGAUCUGGAGGACGUGUUGGGGGGUCUGAAACAAGUUCACGUAGAGAUGAAAGAGGUGGUCGAGCAGAUUGAUCGUCUCACAGCCAAAAUCGACCUCAGUGAGGAGGUGCCCUGUAUCACUCAGGGGGCAUCCAGCAACUUUCAAGGCUCAGUUCAUCCAGGCGACCUCAGGUCAGCCCCACUGCCCAGUCACAAGCCUGCUCCAGUACAGGCAUCGCAACACAUUGAUGAAGACCGUAUCAUCUUAAGAACUAACUCUCCCUCCCCUGUUCAUAUGGCAUCGGUCGUCAAAACCAGCCGCUUCACCCCACCCAACCACUACAAGGACAUCAACCACGAAAGGCGAGGUGUGAACGGACACCUGCCUCACCUGUAUCCCCCCAAAGACUCAAAUCACAUUGGUCAAAGUCAUCCUGAGCCCCACCCACAUAGCUUAGACCCUAAGGUCAUUAUUGGUAACAGUACCUCAAAUUCAAGAACUAAGAAGCCUCCUCUAUAUCCUCAAAACGGGCGAUGUGGGAAGGGCUCGUAUCCACCACCCAAGCCUGUGAGGACCCCUGCCUACCCCGACAGAGGCCACCAGAACACCAGCAUGGUGUGAAGGAGGGGGGGAGGUGGUCCGCCCCAGUGCCAUGGGGGCCUGAAACAUGAGACCCUGCUGCAGCGAGUGGAGGUCAGAGUGGGACCAGGCAGGGGAACAACUCAUGCAGGAGCUGAUGCCACUGAGACAAGCUGUCAACUGGUGGAAACGGAGCACGGCCUGAAGAUGGGGGUAUUUCCAAAGGGAGAACUCCCCCAAGAGUCGACCUGCGACUGUGUGUCAUGCAAAGCACAGAAGCAUAGAGCAGUGACAGUAAAACCUCUGAGAACUGAUGCUUUUGUUGGUACUGGUGAUGUAAUGGCAAAUAAAGAGAAGAAUAAACGGCGAACUGCUGCUCAACAACACA